AUGGUGUACACAGGAUUCGGUCUGGAACAGAUAAGCCCAUCCCAGAAAAAGCCUUACAAUGAGUUAACUCCAGAGGAGCAGGGAGAGCGAGGGGCAGAAAUGAUCAUGAACUUCAUGACUUCUUGUCCAGGAAAAUCAGUGGUGAGUGGAGUAACUGGGUUUGCACUGGGUGGUGUGUUAGGUCUGUUUAUGGCGUCAAUGGCUUAUGAUACACCACUUCAUACCCCUACACCAGCUAAUACUGCCACAGCUGCCACGGCUGCCGCAGGAAAUGUGGGUGUGGGCGGGAUAUCAAGAACUGUUCAACAAAUAUCCGACUUGCCGUUUCGGCAGCAAAUGAAACUUCAGUUUACCGAUAUGGGUAAAAAAUCUUAUUCCAGUGCAAAAAAUUUUGGUUACAUUGGGAUGAUCUAUGCCGGCGUUGAAUGUGUCAUAGAAUCGCUCAGAGCCAAAAACGAUAUAUAUAACGGAGUGACGGCAGGUUUCUUUACCGGUGCCGGUUUGGCAUACAAGGCUGGACCACAAGCUGCUUUAAUGGGUGGUGCUGGGUUUGCUGCCUUUUCAGCUGCGAUUGAUUUGUAUAUGAAAAGUGAAGAUGGAAGGCCACCUCGUAAUGAUUUUAAGGAAUGA